UGUUUUUCUUUGUUUAGAACAGCAUUGAAGGAGGUACAAUAGUUCCAGAGGAACGUGACCAUCUUGAAAAAACCCAGUUGGGUCUCUGACACACCAUCACAUGAUUGUAAUUUGAGAGCGAGAGUCUCUUUCUCAGAGAUCCAUACUCGGCAGACUCCGGGGCCUGGUUGAACGCCUCAUUAGCCCUCCACCAAAUGUCAUCUCUCAGGAGCACAUGUAGAGGAAAUCAAACGGUAAUUCUCUGCAUGUAACACAUGCUGUGGCACAUAAGCAGUGGUCCCUCUCAUUUUUUAAGUGUCUGAGCGAACACAAAAACUCACUGAGCACUCCUCACCAAAGAAAUCUCAGAUCUUAACAAGUCAUGGAGCUUAUUGAAAGAAUAAAACUACUACUAAUUUUCAUCAAAUUGUGUUUAAAAUAAGUGAUAUGCAAAAAUUACAGUGAAGAUUAAAAAAGCUCAGGCAGUGAAUUUGGUUCUUCUGCUGUAGUCUGAAAAUAAAUUCAAAUUCAACUUUCAAUAUUUGUAUAUCACUUUUACUGCUACAAUGUAACUUAAAGUGCUUUCCAUAAUAAACAACACUAAGAUAAAAAAAAACAAACGUGCACAUGUACAACCAAAAUAAUUUGAAUCAAUACAGUUUAUAAAAUCAAAACACAUAGACACGUAAAAAACUACACACAAAAAACAAACAAACAAACAACCGCCACAGUGGAUGAACAUCCUCAGGCAGGAUGCUCCACUGGCGAGGUCCACAGUGCUGAAAUGUGGCUUCACCGUGUUCUUCUCAGUAGUUCUGACUUUUGGGACCACCAGCAGACCUGCACCUAAGGGCUCUGAGAGGGUCAUAAACUAAAAGUAAAUCUGCUUAAAAAUGAAGGCCCAAUUCUGUUUAAACUUUUAUAAACUAAUAAAAGAAUCUUAAAGUCAAUCAUAAAACUAACUAAAAAAAAUAAAAUUAUUGUUGCAUCUUUCUGGUCCUGGAUAAAAGGCAUGCAGCCGAGUUUUGAACUAGCUGCAACCUAUUAAAAUAUUUUUUCUUAAUGCCAGACUGAAGUUCAUUACUAUAAUCCAUAUGCAGAUCUAUUAUCAAAAUUCAGAAGGGUUUCCACGCUCUCACUCUAAGUCAAGCACCAUUUUUAAUUAGUACAUAUACUACUCCUUAAUUAUUUCUUACAUUUUAUUUUAUUAAUUAUCAUCCAAAAAUGAGAAUUCUUGAUAAAUGACACCAAAGUGUCAGCAAGUCAGCUGCUUAGGGACUUAAAGUUUAUCUGAUUUGUGUCUGUCCUCGCCUUUCUCCAGUACGUUUGUAUUUAAACAAAUAAAACAUUGUUUGUCCACUAGAUGGAAGUAUUUUUAUUGUUUUGCUAAAAAUAAAAAGGAAAGGAAAAGAAAAAAAUCAAUUUCCUGAAGCUAUUCAGCUCACGGUUAGCAGAUCAAACCAACUUUUUGCAUCCUGUGUCCUCCCGAAACAACAAUGGCUCUCACAGCAGAAGAGUUUUAUAAUUCUCCACAAGGAUCUUCUCACACUCAGGAGAGCGGGCAGGCGGGCUUUUCUGCAAACUUGACCCACACAUUUAGUGAUAGCUUUGAAAACACUGACCCCAUCGCCAUUAAAGGGAGCUCUGUGAGGCCAAUUGCACUGCAGGAAGGGCAAGUUCUCUUUGAGGUGGCACGGGAAGUUGUAGGGGUUGAGUCAUACAAAGAAAACACAUUCUCUGUGGUCCCUAGCUUGCCUUUUCUAAGCCAAUCAGUAAGUGAAGGGGAGCAGAGAGUUGCCACACCUUCACUUGGAAGAGCUGGUUUCGCAAAGGCAGAAAGGAAAAUUUCUUUUAUUCCAUCCGCAAAGAAGAACAGAAUGAUCCCACCAAGACGCAUACCUGGAUGGAGAAAAAAGAAUGGCAGCAGGAGGCCCACUCAGAAACGCAUCAGGACUACUGUAGUCAUUGGAUUCUUUGUGGCAGUCGUGUUGCUUCCUGACUGUGCCUCAUCUUCUGAUUUUAAUGGAGACAACUGUUUCACCUGCAACCAUACAGACUGUAAAAGUCUCCAUUCCAUUUAUGGGGAAAAGGAUGAACUCCUCUAUCAAAGUCCACUCCAGAAUGACACAAGAACGGAAUGCUCCAGAGUUGAUGCCCUCUCAAAUAGCUGUCUACCAUGCAUUGACAGGUCCCCUGUCAUCAUCUACUGUUCAAGAAACAUCACACAUAUCGAAGUAGAAGGUGACCACGGAAACCUCGAAGUCUGGAAAGAAUGUGAGCAGGAGAAUACAAGCAGUCACGGAGGGAUAUCCAAAGGGCGUGGUCACUUUGGACUGAUUCUUGCAGUUGGUAUGUAUUUACUAGCAUGUAAAGCCUGUAGAGUAUAAAAUAUUUUUAUAAAUAUUUAUGAUCGUUUUCAAAUUUUGACAAUGACAACAUUUUUCUCUGCCUGUUUUACAGCUCUCUUUUUGAUCGUGGUUUGAAUACUUUUUUUUUUUUUUAUUGAAGGCCUGAAUCAACGUUGACGUGCAACCUUUACAACUCACAUCUGAAUGAACAGUUGCUGAUUUACUAGGUUUCUGUGUAUAUAUGAAAUUGUUUUCUUAAAGGAAUAAUAUAGAAUUUCCCCCAAAUUAUGCUGGUAAAUCAGAUAAUAGAAUUGAAUUGAGGGAAGUUUUGGCUACUCUUCCUGCUUGUAAUUGUAAGGUACAAAACAGUAAACCGCAGUGCAGCUAAGUCUGUGACCAAACUUAAACUGUAAAUAUUCUGAAUCGUGUAUUUUAAAAGUCACAGGUUGGUAACACAUCCUGUAUGAAUGAAAUAAAUGACACAGGCAUUGUAAUCCAGAGAUGGUGGUGUACAAAUACUUAUUUCUCCUCUGUUGACAAUGGCAGACUGUAUUCAUUGCAUUAGUUGUUCGUGAGAUAAAUAUUCACUAUGCUUCUGUAUCCUAAUGCUGAGGGUACCAAUUCUAUUGAAAUAAUAUUGCUCAAUAUCACAACACAGUUUCUGUUUUCUUUUUUUAUGUAUACUCCCUUACAAACAAGUUAAUCAUCUUUCUUUGUUUUUACUGCAAUAGUUUCAUUUCCUUCUGAUUUGCUCAAUAACUCAUUGUUCCCUGGUUGUGCUUUUACCAAUGUCUUGGCCAGUGUUGGAGGUAAUGGAUUACAAAGUAAUAAUUACUGUAAUGUAAUUACUUUUGUCAGAAACUGAGUAACAAAACGAAUUACAAUUCAAAUUCAGUACUAGUUCAAGUACUACAGAAACCCUUAUUACUUCAUUACUCACAUUUUGGUGCAUGAUUAUAUGACUAAUAAAACAAAUACUUUUGUGCAAGCAGUUGGCUCUGACAUUGACUUGAGUAAAUGCAACAAAACAGAUUUCAAUGAAAAAAAACAAACAAAAAAAAA